UCGGAAGGAACAAUUUUGCACACCGAACAAAAGCUUCCUUCCCGGCUUCAAGUGUCGAAGUGGACAGCUAAUAGGGAAAAGCUUUUCUGUUACUGCUGCUGCUGUUGCUACUACUACUGUUGACUAGAAUUGGCUUUUGAUUCUUUCACUCUCAUCCUUACCGAACGAGCUUUUUAGUGCGUGAGGACAGUAGCCGUGUGUGUUUGAGAGAGAGAGGACGAGAAAGAGAGAAAUCGAGGGAGUCGGGAGUGACAGAGCUUUUGGAGCAACUUUUCCAAAUGUGUAGUUUUUUUGUGUGUCCCACCCAAAAUAUUCUAGUCUGAGAUGGAAAUUCAGCCCGAUAUGGCUGUUAUUUGUGCUGGCAAAAUGAAAUUAUAUAAAAUACUGAACAGUCGAGCAAGGCGGCAGCUGUAGCGAUGGAAGAGGAUUCGCUGCUGUCCUACUGCCGUUGUUUUGUGAGAAAAUUUCAUUUUUCAUCGUGUGAAUUACUAUGCGGUUAGGUUGUAACGCGUAAAAAGUGACAGUACAUUCAGGAUAACGCAAAAUGUAUUCGAUAAUCUGCAGUAGCGUAGAACGAUUCGAAAGCAUCAAUAUACUAGCAAUGAGAAAAUUUGCUCGGUGAAAUGAACAACUUACCGACAAAAUCGGGGUGACCAACAGAGUAAGCAACUUCAGUGUGUGUGGUGGAAGUGACGAAGAAGAAAUAAAGUGCUUUAAAUAAAUGGUUGGAGAUUAGCGAAAAAGGUUUUACUAGCAAGCGCGAGAGCAGCCACAAGCGGAAAUCCAGGGAGGCAAGUUGCAAUUUCCAGCAGAUACAACAACAACAACUGCGACGUACCCCAAAUCUUGUGGAAAAAAUGAGACGCACCGAAAAGAGCACAUAAAUUAGCAACAGCAACAUCCAGCUAUUACCUCAAUUUUCCAAAAAAAGAAAGAAAGAUAAAAGAAAUACAACAGCAACAACAACGCAAGCAACCGAAACAAAAGCGAGAAUUGAGAUCACUUUUUGCCUGCGAGAGCAAAAAGGUACCUGCAUACCAUCCGCAAGGAGCAGAGGGAACCAUCCGCCAGGGGAAAAGAAAAAGACCUCUACUCUCAGAAUCCAACGCAUAAAGCGAUCAACUAGGGGGAUAGCUUAGAAAAAAAACCUUUCGCAGCCAAAGGAGCCCAACGGAACCAACCAUCGACACAGAUCAACCGACAGGAACCAUGUCGCUGGAUAUCGAAGUGCCGCACGUCAGGUGCCCCUCUUUAGGUGUCCUGAUUUUGACACUUAACCUGGCGCUGUUUCUGCCUCAGACUAUAAAUAGGACUCCACCAUACGUGCUCGCGGGGACCGGCGGUGGCAGUAUGCUAGGGGAUGUAAAUAUUUCGGCAAUUCUGGAUUCGUUUAGCGUUGGCUAUGACAAAAGAGUAAGACCAAACUAUGGAGGACCGCCGGUAGAAGUGGGAGUCACCAUGUAUGUGCUGUCUAUCAGUUCGCUGUCUGAAGUUAAAAUGGAUUUCACAUUGGAUUUUUACUUUCGACAAUUUUGGACUGAUCCACGUUUAGCUUACAGAAAAAGGCCGGGUGUAGAAACACUGUCAGUUGGAUCUGAGUUCAUAAAGAAUAUUUGGGUACCCGACACGUUUUUUGUAAACGAGAAACAAUCAUACUUUCAUAUAGCGACUACUAGUAAUGAAUUUAUAAGAAUACAUCAUUCUGGAUCUAUAACUAGAAGUAUUCGAUUAACAAUCACAGCAUCAUGUCCAAUGAAUUUACAAUAUUUUCCAAUGGAUAGACAGUUAUGUCAUAUAGAGAUAGAAAGCUUCGGAUACACGAUGCGAGAUAUCCGAUAUAAAUGGAAUGAAGGCCCCAAUUCAGUCGGAGUCUCGAGUGAAGUAUCUUUGCCUCAGUUUAAGGUUUUGGGACACCGUCAGCGUGCUAUGGAAAUCAGUCUCACAACAGGAAAUUAUUCACGUUUAGCAUGUGAAAUACAGUUUGUACGUUCGAUGGGUUAUUAUCUCAUUCAGAUUUACAUACCAUCCGGAUUAAUUGUAAUCAUAUCGUGGGUAUCAUUUUGGCUAAAUAGAAAUGCUACACCAGCACGUGUUGCAUUAGGUGUAACCACUGUCUUGACAAUGACAACACUGAUGUCGUCAACGAAUGCUGCCUUACCGAAAAUAUCUUAUGUAAAAUCGAUUGACGUAUAUUUAGGCACAUGCUUCGUCAUGGUAUUUGCCAGUCUGCUGGAAUACGCCACCGUCGGUUAUAUGGCGAAGCGGAUACAGAUGCGCAAGCAGCGCUUCAUGGCAAUCCAGAAAAUCGCUGAGCAGAAAAAGCAACAGCAGGCGGACGCCAACCAUCCGCCUCCACCGCCACCGACCAGCGAUCACAGCCACGGUCACGGCCACGGGCACAGCCAUGGCCACCAGCACACCCCGAAACAACAGAUGGGCAGCCGUAGCGGUACGAUGUCCAAUGUGCCCCCCCAUAAUAUCGCGGGAUCACGAGGUUGUUCUAUUGUAGGUCCACUAUUCCAAGAGGUGCGCUUUAAGGUGCACGACCCGAAGGCGCACUCGAAAGGCGGCACGCUCGAGAACACGAUCAACGGCGGACGGGGCGGCGGUGGACCACCGGGCGGGGGUGGCGGUCCACCGGGCGGUGGCGGAGGCGGACCGGACGAGGAAUCGGGCGCACCGCAGCAUCUGAUACACCCGGGCAAGGACAUCAACAAACUAUUAGGAAUUACGCCCUCAGACAUCGACAAGUACUCUCGUAUCGUUUUUCCGGUCUGCUUCGUGUGCUUCAACCUGAUGUACUGGAUCAUCUAUCUGCACGUGAGCGACGUCGUUGCGGAUGAUCUCGUGCUACUCGGCGAGGAGAAGUAGGCACGCAGACGGAGACGACGGACGGCGAAGACGACGACAACGCGCUAGUACACCCCGCAAAGAACGCAAACUAGAUGAUAAAAGAAAAAUUGCAAAAACUCACACGCUAGGGUCUAACAGGAGCCAGGAUCGAACCCGAAACACUAAACAAAAAUUAUGACAUUCACACACAGCACACACUAGUAUUGAACAUGACAAGAGACAUGAAAGGUAAGAGAAAUGAGGAUAAAAUAUAACAACAAAAGUAUAAGAAAUUUUUAGGGUUUAUUUUUACCUAUUUACAGUUUCGGUUCUUUUUUAUACGUAUACAAGAGACAAAAAAGAAGGAAACACUAGAUUUUACCGUUAUUGAUGAUUAACAUAGAGAAGUAACGAGAAAUAUUCCUAAUUCAUAAACCAACACUUAGCAACACGUACUCGUGUGAAACGCAAGUACUAAAAAAGCAAAACCAGGCGGAAAUCACGACUAAAUCAUAAGCAACUAACAGCUAACCAAGAAGCUAUAGUUAAUGAAAUGCAAAGCUAAAACUACAAAAAAGUAUCUUCACAGUAAACAUCAAGACAAAACGAAAACAAAAAAACUGGUGAAUUGAAUGAGUCUAGGAACGAAAAACAUUUUCCAAACUACAAACCUUAUAACAAAAACAAAUAACACACUCACGCAAAUUCACUGCAUUCAAGUUAAUACUUAAAACAACGUAGAAAAUCAAAACAAGCAAGUUUUCGAAUUCGAUUAAAGUGUUAGGAUCACUCCAGUAUCCGAGAAUAAGCAGUUCAGGCAGGACCACUGCUAAUACUACUCGGAAAGCUUGAAAAAAAAAAACGAGAAAAAAUACCUGUUAACUGGCAUUUCCAAUAUGUAAACCGCGUAGAGUUUUGGUUGUAACGUUAAAGAAAAAAAAACAAGCAAACAAACUAUAUACAAAACUAGGCAAACGACUGUAGAACAACAUCUCUCGGACUAUGACAGGGCGGACUGGGGUAAGGAAAUUCGGUUUCGGUUCAGGUUUUUAACGACAGCACGAACGAGUGAAAGAACAUGCGAACUUCAUUCAUGCGGCGUCAAUCACUCGCCUUGCACUAGAUUGGAUUUGGCUCCUGGGAGCUGUAGAAGAUACGAAACUGACCAUAAACUGCCCCCCAUACAGCACAGUGUGUGCUUGAUAAGACACCGACGGAGCAAAAGAGGAUUCACCCGAAAAGGGGAGUUGUUUUAAUCAGCAACCACUCGAGCGGUCUGGAAGGGCGUAUGUGUACGAACCUCGAUUAUAGCGAUCCGCCAGGGAUGGUUUGACGAGGCAUUGUACCGAGAGUGUGCAAUAAACUUAGCCUUCCCCGGUAUAUCUCCCCGUAGAGCAGCCACUGGCAUGGGAAAGGCCUCGAUUUAAUUUUCUCGUAAAUUUCACCACAGUUCAGCGCCAGGAGCACUAACUUGGAGUCAAACACGGCGUGCGGAAGAUCGAAAUCGAGUGACAGGUUGGCUGAUGCAGGCCCGAAUCGAAACUGAGCGGAAGAGGUUAAUGUGAAAUUAAUUAUUAAUUAUUAUAUUAAAAUUGAUUCUCUGAAUGCUUCCAAUAUAUUUGCCAAAAACCAGAAACUAUACAUACACAGAUCGAAUAAAGGUGUGCUGACGCGAGUGCAGAUAAUUAUGUUGUAAUUAUGUGUAUCGUUCGGUGCGCUGAUUUUGAAUAAAUGGGUUUCAUUUCAAUAGCGAAGCUUUACACCGUAUGAAGCGGUUAAAAUGUGUCACACAGGUUUGUUUGUUUAAAAAUUACCGUACGUAGCACAGAUGCACCCUCAGAAUAUAGCAGGGGUGAGACGAUGAAAAUGGACAUCUUGCAAAUUGCUCUUUUUAUAGGUUAACUAUUUGUACACCCCCUCCCCCCACAGAGUCCCAACCCAAGAAACCAACAAACCAUCAUUCGUACGCAUAGCCUACUUUCCCAUUCGCUCCGGUCCGACAAACGAGAACAGACGACAUCCUUCGUAGUAUGCAAAAAAACGUUUCUAUGUUCGAACGGGAGCAGUAAUAUUCCAGUAAAAUAAUUCUGAACCGCAGCGUUGUUACACACGUACCCCAAUGGUGAUAUUUUUUAUACUAAUGAGAUUAACCGUAAAGAAUACACACAGAUAGAACAGGCCACAAACCGUUACAAUCGCGUUUCGCUAGAAUCCGUAGAGACAACUAAAAAAAAAGAAAACCCAAUUUAUUCGAGUUCACCUAAGUCUUAAGUAAAAAAAGCAAGAACAGAAGCCAUAAACAGUUUAAAACCAGAAACAAAACAAACACAAAAGCUCAUUUUAAACAGGAAUGAGUAGCACGUCUACUAGAGUGGAAAAAACAACAACUUCAACACAGACUCGAACGGAAAUCCGGAAAGUUUGGCACAUAAAAUCAAUCACGCGGAAUCGAUUAAAUUAAUGCAAGGAGGUUUUUUCUUUGUUUUCUACCAAGGUGAGAGAGAGCAAAAUUGCAACAAAUGUUCAAAAAAAAACAAUGCAAUUGACGGUGGACGAACACUCUACGUGGGAGUUUUAACUAAUUUUGAGUUUGGCAAACUGCUCUUUCCCUCUUCCGGAAUGGUUGCCGCUUCAAUCCGUUUGUAUACAAAGUGGUGCUAUCUGCAUGUGAAGUAGGUGUGAUUCAAUUUUCGAUCGUCGCGUUUGGUCGGAAUCAGGUAAGAGAACAACAAUAUUUAGUACUACAUCGGAGCCAACUGCUCGGUUUCAAAAAACUGGACGUCUUUUUUGCCUAUAACCAUGUCUUCAUGUGAAAGACAUCGGAUGGAUGAUUGGCUGCACACGAUUUAGUGUUAGGGUUGCCACCUGACAGGGGUGUUGGCUUUCUUGUAAAAAUUUGAGAUGAUAAUAUUGAUGUAUUUUAUCAUACUGCAUUUACAGGGUGUCACCGUGAAAGUGAUACACUUUAUUAAUGCUAUAAAUAAAACAUGAAUUGGUUCUUUUUUAUUAUCAUGUAGAGAGUAAAGCUACGGUUGAAUUAGUUCAAUUCAAAUUUUUUCACGAAACAGUUCGUAGAAGUGCUCAAUGUAAUGUGUUUAACUUCAGCAGGCUGGAAUAUUACAAAGACAUGCUUCACACACACGAUAAUUCUGCUUGUUCAAAACAGCCUCCAACUUUAACAAUUCUUCAUCUAAAAAAACUGUUGUUAACUGCGUGCGUCUUCAGUAGCACUCGACAUCUGGCAACCCCGUCGGUGUUAUUUCUGCGAGAUAAUUCUUGAAUCUUUUUUUUUUUUCUUGAAAGCUCCGUAUCCAAGGUGAUUUCACGAGCAACUUUUCUUGUCGCCCGGGCAGGAUUUCGCCAUUUUUAACCGCUCUGAUCACCGUUACAGUCCACGCACUCCGUUAUUUACCUGGCUCCUGCUUGGGGACAACCGUGUCAGUUUCCUGUACAGGUAUAAUCAUGUAGCUACACUUUUUCCGUGCUGCUUUUUCGCAGCUUCAAAUAAAACAUUUUCAGUGUCAUUGCAUUGGUAUGCGUAAUAAUGGGAUAGCUGUCAAUUCGUUUUGUUUUGGUCAUUAUCGCAUUCGUCAUUUUGUCUCGUCUCCAUUUCAUAUGUCCAUCUCGCAAAUGUGCUGAGAAAAAAUUUGCCUGACACUUUACCACGUGGAACGGAAACCAAAACAAACCAGUUUUGACACAUACGUGUGAAUGUGUUGGAAACUUCCUACAGUACACUCUGCUUUUUCGGGUGUCGUUAGGGACAGAAAAAGUGUAGGGAGAGACAAAAAAGGGUAGUCCGAAAAGUCAAAUAAAACAUUUUCGGUGUCAAAAGUGUCUUGACGACAAAUCCAACCAAAUGAUCUUCACUUCAAAGCGAAAAAGAAAAACAAACAGUCCACUCAACCAAAAUGAACCUCACCGGAACACUUUUUCAUAUAUAAUAUAAUGAGGUGUUUUGACAGUUCACUUCUAUGCAGAAAGCGGGAAGGGAGAACUCUGAAAGGAUUGUAAAAAAAUAACGUUUCUGGAUGCUUUUUUUCACUUUCACUCAAGACUGUCAACAAAUAUCAACCCUGCUCAAUUCCUGAAUGAAAGUUGUAACAAGGGGGUCACCCUGUAACAAUACUCUUAAAUUUGCCCGGCGAAACCGUUACAGGGCGGCCAAGUACCUCUACGGACUUUUGGAACUUUGCUAGUACACAAAAAAAGGAAAACAAACAAAAUAAACAAGCAAAAACUUAUCGCGAUUUAUUCCAGUUUCCCUCUUCGCUGUCGUUGGUGGUAAAUUUAUUCAGACGGUGGUUGUUGUCCUGCGGCUCAUGGGAUUUCCCACUGGCGAUAUCCAUUGCUACUUCCAGCGACUACUCCAGCAGUCGUCAGCUCCUCCCCAAUGUUCCUCGGCGGGAGGUGUUUACCGCUCCCUCGCUCCUACGGGAAACAAACUGUAAAAACCAAACAGUUAAAAACGUGCAAUUUUCGAACAAUAGCGAACAACGCGUGUCACUCGUACCGUGAUCGAGGCAAAACUCAAUGAUUCCCGCGAUGGCUGCAUUCGUUGCCGACCAAAACAAACCCGCCGAGACGGAAUUCAGCACUCAGCACAGCACUUUUUACCAGCUAGAGGAAAUCCCCUGCCUAUCUAACCCUUAACAUCAAUUCACAAAUAUGACAGAGAAACUAUCAAACCUACUAAACGCGACAAUAUCGUUCCCAAACGAAAAAAACGAAUGAAUUUCAACAAAUUCACGUGCACGAUAUUCGGCACAGUGAGAGUUGUCAUAUUGGGUACACGUUCUUGCGGGAGUAUCCAAAUGUGGUUAUUUUUAAUACAUACACUCUCUCGCAGCAGUACCUAAAAUUAGGAAAUUUCCCAUUCGAUGCUAAAACUGCAACCGCGCAGGUUUAGCAGAAAACACUCAACCUCAAACAGCAACUGUCACGAACACGAACACGAACUGUCAAAUAGAAAUUAAUGUGAAGGUUUGGAAGAAGGAAAAUUUCGUCAGUAAAAGAAUGUAAGUUUUGAGCGACAUCAAGUUGAAAAAUCACACUUCGUUUUACGAACGUGAGAUAACGCUUAGUUCUGUUUGGUCUGUUGUUACCAAACACUACAAUGACAUACUUGAAGCGUUAGCACUCUUCUACGGUAUCUCCUCACUUAUAUUUACCUCACUGAAUGAAUUCUACUACUGAUAGUUUCUGCAAUGGUAAAGAUUUGAAGGAGAAAUGGGUACAGGGUGAGAAAAAAUUAUCCGUGUUCAAUGUUUCAGUCAUAACUGUAUUUUUCCAAUAUUAAACAACAACAUAUUUAUACAAAAUGUAGAUAUGUGGCAUGGUUUGUAAUAUUUACAUCACGGACUCGAAAUGUUUAGGGAAAUUAUCGACGAUUGACGAUAGUUCUUCCACAGAUAUGGCAUUACAGGCUUUGGUUAGACUAGCUUCCAAACGAUCCGAUAAUUUAUGUGGUUUAGUACAGGCUCUGGAUUCAAGAAUAGGCCAAACGGAAUGGUCCAUUGGAUUUAAAUCAAGAGAGUUUGAAGGCCAUUCAUCUUUAGUUAAAUAUCUCGGAAAAAGUCUGCUACCGAGUUCCAGUAUUUUUUUUCGCUCCAUGCGAUGGAGCUCAUUUCAACAUCUGUCAAAUCUUAGUCAUACACUGAAACAAAAAACACGGAUAAUUAUUCCUCACCCUGUAGAGCGCACUGAUCUUGUGUUCGAUUUCCUAGAUCCUUGGAAAAAUUAUUUACAAAUAAUUGUACGGCACUUUUCAAAGCAACAGGUAAUCCUGUAUGCAUAGAUAAACAGAUGUACCACUCCAUACAAAAUUCUAAGAAAAUUGUGGUUCCGACUAUCUUGUGCGACACCUAUUGGACAUAUUCCGCAAAAGAUAUGCUUGCAGCCUUUCUGCUGUUUUGGCAGCACGGUGCGCGACAACUGUCAACUGAGUUCAAGAGAAAAAGCAUACCAGCGCCACCACCUCUGCGGCGUGAAUAUUCCGCAUAACUGAAACUCAUUUGAAUUGACCGUUAUUUUGAUCCACGAAAAUAAAUUUCGUGGUACGUCUGUUUAUCUGUGCUGUAUGUGUUAUUUGAAUUAAUUUUUUACUAGGGGGUAGAAUGAAACCCGAGCACACUUCUUAGUCUCAAUACUUGAGACAGAAGAAUGAAAAAACGGGAGUGAAACCAUUUCCUACCAAAGUUGCAAGCAUUCCAAAUUACGGUAUCAGAUAAUAUGUGUUCUUAACUAAAAGCAAACUAAACAGACAAGAGAUAAGAAUUAGUGAUUUUUAAUACCAUGUUCGUUCAUUCACCCGACCGCUCUAAAUCAAAAACACCCUCCCACUUCAAGCAGAGCCCACAUUUUAUCAGUAAUACGCGAAGACGCCGCGAGAGCAAAGUUAUGCAAACUCAAACGCCCACGCUCACAUAAAAGAUCGUUACCAUAGAAACUCAUAGAGACAGCCAACAGUCUGUGAAUAUUACAAUCUAAAAUAACAGAACAACUUGAGUUAGAAACCUGUCAAAUACAGCUCAGUCAGCUGUUCAAACAAACGAAGCAUACCCAAUAAAAAACAACGUUCGAACGUUUCAACUUAUACUAGAUCACACACACACAGAAAAACUUUUCAAAAAAUUAUUACACACACACACAUGCAACGAGCAAUGUAAUAGCACUAACGCAGCUAUCGACUACACAGCUACAGACACAUGCGAGUACAGAUUCUAGCGCCAUAGAAACCUAAAAUAAUAUAUUCUAAAUUGAUAAUUGUUUGUCGUUACUUUGACUUGAACCGUAAGGCUUUCGACCUUCCGCCCACGUUUCAAUGUUUGCGUGAUACGUUAUCUUGAAGGCCAUUUUUUUACAUUGACGUCUUCACCAACGCACACUUAUACAUACACAUACGAUAUCUGCACCAUUCUGUCAAUUGGGAGAAAAAUUACCGAAUCGAUGUGUCUCUACGUUCGUUAAGCGGGCUGUGUAACACGAAUUGAUUGCGUAACUAAUUCUGGCAACUCACUAAUUCACAUUAUCUAUUAUGUAACUAAUUCGUAUUUUCGCUUGCUGAUCACGCCCAGUCCUUUCGAAAAUUGAAUGUACCAAGACCUAUUUUACGUGUUGUUAGCGGGUCCUUACCUCGACACUAUUUGUGCUUUUUAUGUUUGAACGAAACUACGACGACAACCAAUGCUUUUAAUACUAACUAUUCGAACCACAAUGAUUACACUGUGAGCACUUUUCUACGAAUAUGUUUAUUAUAAAAAGAAACACUACACCACUACUCACACACAUCACAUGACAGCCCCGACCAGAAGGUUACCAGGAAUGCUUCCAACGCCAAGUUUAGUAAAAAAAAAACAACAAAACGCUCCAACGCUUCUGUUCAAUCGGCAUAUUGUUGAAUCAAAAUUUUAUAGUCGCAAAACAAAAAAAAAAAAAAACAAACAAAAGCAAACAGUGGUAGCGAAACAAAUUUAAAAAAUACAUGCUAAACAGAACUAGUUAAGAUGAGGUGGAAACCCUAGCGAAAUAACAAGUAAGAACGUAAGUAUAAGAUAUUUACUCGUCAAAUAUCUGUAGAUUAUGUGUCUUUUCACUCGUUUCAAUUGAAAUUUAUUUUUCAAUUGAAACAGACAAAAAAAAACAGAACUGCUCAAUUAUUUUUCAUGAAGUAAGAGGAAUGAGGAGCCGUGUGAAUAAGAAAAUUUUUAAUAAAUGAACAAUGCGUAUUUAUACUUUUAAUUUAUAAUCUAUGAGGUAAACCAAAAACAACUAGCAUGUUGCGAAUUAAAAUUAAUAAAUUCAAGCAGAGCGGAGAAAAGGCGUUGAUAAAGAAAAAAAACAUAGAAAAUAUUACAAACCUGAAGCAAAGGAUGCAAUAUUAUAAAAUUAUUACUCAACUGCAAAUUGAGAGAAUGCAAACUCGAGACUAGUUCGUAAAAGAAUAUCAACCAGCCCAGAACCAGCAAAAAGGGGAUAUGUUAAAGUUUAAAUUAAACAGAACAAGCCAGCUCUCGACCUUUAUGAUAUGAAGAGAGCGAGGAUAAAUAAGCAAAUGAAUCACGUUUAAAGAGUAGUUGUUCACCGAAUUAAAACCAACGGAAGUUCGUAUUUCAACAUAGUGUAAUAGAAGCGGGUGUGGAAGGAAUCACUUAAACAAUACCACUAUUAUCCUACCUGUCGCACUUUUAUUUAGGUACCACUGUCCAAAUACCGUAAAUUUAACUAAAUUGCACCAAAAAAACACACCUCUACCUUUCGAUUUGUUGAGAUCACUGCCAAACUCGUUACGGUACAUUUGAAAUUGGUAAAAGAAAGAAAACCUGCAGUUUAUUAGUGAAAUUUAAUCGAUUUAAUCAAAUUCAGUCCACGAUUUCAGUUGCGCCGAAGGUUUGACAGUUGAUCGUUAACAUAACACGAUAGCACUCCAAUAUUAUUAUCAAUGUUUUCUCACCAAAUUCUUCCAAAACACCGUUUCCGUUCCAACCAUCAAUGCUAGUAGAGCCUAAAUGUAGCACUGAAUGAAAAAAAAAAAUAAAUUAAAAUACACUUCUUGAAAAAUAAAUAUCUACGGUAGUGUUGCGAAUUAUUGGUCCGGAGCAAAACGUUUUGUUCUAGUUCCCCUUUCGCUUCAGUAGUUAAGCUCUUCCAAUAGGCGUACCCCUUUACUUAAUGCAAUGAAGUAGAUCGAUUUUAUAAUUACACCCUUGUUAAGCUUCAUUUAAUUCACUAGAUCAGUGACAAGCCCAUGCUCUUUAGAAUACGAAUGUAAAAAAACGCAAUGAAAUUCACUCACGGUAAUUCGGAGUUCUCUUACGUUGUGUAACUACUACACCACAAGUAAAAUUCACACGCAAACAAGAACUUACUCACACACGCGCAUUAUUUCUGUAAAUAUACCCGAUAGGUAAAAGUGACUGUCAGUAGAAAAAAACCGUUACUUCAGGACAGAGCAAAAAAAAUGUUAGAGCAACUGGAAUUCGAACAACUUGAGCCGUCAUGCAGAGUCACACACACUACUCUACACACCUGAAAUACAACACUGCAGACAAACACGAACACAGACUCACACUUUCAGCCUCAAACACCGGAACGCAAAACUCAAAAUCAAAACGAAGUGUGUAGAAAGCAUGUGAUUGAUUUUACUGUAAAGAGAAAUGAGCAAGUGAAAAACGAGCAACCAAAAACAGUAGUGAAAAUUCAAAAAAGCAGAUGUAUAAGUAAGUGUUAAAUACUCACUGUACUUAUCUAUAAGAAAUUAAGCGAUAAAAAAAAGAAAAAAAUACAAAAAGGAGUAAAAGUGAAUAAAAUAUAUACACAAUAUAUAAAUAUAUGAGGAAAAAGUAUAUAUAUCGCAACACAAGAAAAUUCUAAAUAAAUAUAAAUUUUUUAUAUAGGAAUGUAACAUGCAACAAAAAUUCAAUAAAGAAUACAAAAAUAUCGUUCAUAUUAUAUUUGUAAAUAUUUUAGUUCGACAAAUGAAUCACCCUAAUGUACAUUCAACUUCAAUGCACAAAAAAAGGAGAAAAUCAGAUUAGCGUAAACGAGUUAUAAAGAAAAAUUAAACUCAGCAAAGCAAGAAACAUAAAACAAAAAAAAAGAUAUUCCAGACAGUGACAAAGAACUCGCAAGAUUCUUUUCCGUACUCAAAAAUCUAUUCAAAAUGUACACAGAGACACACUCACACUUGCAGUGAGGACCCUCUCCUGGCACCUUUCGAUGGUUACGUGCAACAGAAGAAAAAAAGUAAAAAAUAAACAAAACAGAAUCCUUUUUGCCAACAAACUAAGCCAGUCUUAACCAAAUUCAGCAAAGCAUUACAUUACAUUCGUUUUCAAAUCCAUCCAUGCAAAGGUCGCGUAAGUACCACAAAAUAGCACAGUGUUUCAGUUUCACUACACAAUUCGGCAAGUAAAUAAGCCUCAUCAAAGGCGUUUAGCAAUGGCCAGGAGAGACAGCCACUAGUUUAAUAUUCAAAGCGUAACCGGACAACAACAAGAACACAAAUACUAGCGAAAAUAUAACAGACAAAGUUUAUUAAUGAUAGACUUCAUACGCAAAAAAAUGCGUCCGUUCUGUUGAAACAUAAAAUGAUAAAAAAAAACAGAACAAUGCAACAGCAAAACUUGUAAACAAAAAAAAAACAAGAAUAGUAAAGCAACGUACUAGAAUAUUUAUUGUUAUGAUACCAGAAUGCAGAAUAUAAUUUGUUUUGUUUAGGUGAAACCAAACCAAUAUAUACGUUUUCAUUUCUUGUUAUGUUUGGUAUUUUUUAACGAAACCGACAAAAGCGAGCGAGAAGUGGAAGAAAAAACAGCACGAGGAAACGAGACAGAACACACACUGCUAAUCGAUAGGAGCGAGUAAAGUAAACAGAAGAAAAAAAACAAACAAAACAACCAAACAGUGGAUAGCAACCAUGUAACGUUUCGACAAAAAAAUGAUAAGAAAAAAAUGAAAAAUAAACAAUUUAAAUAAUAAAAUAA